AGGACACAUUUAUUGAGCUAUGAUUGGCCAGAAAGAGGCAUACUAGAAGGGCGCACGAUAAUUUCGAUAUUUGCUCAGCUAUGCAGCUUGAUUGUUUAUUGAGCUACAGCUACAGAAAAUGACCACUUUAGUUCUUGAUAACGGAGCUUACUCGGCCAAAAUUGGAUACAGCCACGAAAAAGUCAGCGUUAUCCCAAAUUGUCAGUUUCGCUCCAAGACGUCAAGGUUGAAGACUUUUACCGCCAACCAACUGGAUGAGAUCAAGGAUCCCUCAGGACUUUUCUACAUUCUCCCUUUCCAAAAGGGUUACCUUGUUAACUGGGAUGUCCAAAGAAAAGUGUGGGAUCACCUCUUUGGAAAGGAAAUGUUUAAGGUGGACUUUGCAGACACCAGUGUAGUGAUCACAGAGCCCUACUUCAACUUCACCUCCAUUCAGGAGUCCAUGAAUGAGAUCCUGUUUGAGGAAUACCAGUUCCAAGCAGCUCUCAGAAUUAAUGCUGGAUCCCUGAGCGCCCACCGCUACUUCCAGGUGAACAACCAGGAGCUGUGCUGCAUCGUGGUGGACAGUGGCUUCUCCUUCACCCACAUAGUCCCCUACUGCAGGGGGAAGAAAAUGAAGGAUGGGAUAUGCAGGAUCAACGUAGGAGGCAAGCUACUGACCAAUCAUUUGAAGGAGAUUAUUUCAUAUAGGCAGUUGCAUGUCAUGGACGAGACCCAUGUAAUCAAUCAGGUGAAAGAGGAUGUGUGCUAUGUAUCCCAGGAUUUCUACAAGGACAUGGAUAUAGCACAGUUAAAAGGAGAGGACAACACAGUGAUGAGAGAUUAUGUGCUACCAGAUUUCAGCUCCAUCAAGAAGGGCUUUUGCAAGCCAAGAGAGGAGAUGAACUUCACAGGGAAAUACAAGACCGGAGAGCAGAUCCUGCGCUUGGCCAACGAGAGGUUCGCCGUCCCAGAGAUGCUCUUUCACCCCUCAGACAUCGGCAUCCAUGAGAUGGGCAUUCCUGAAGCACUAGUCAACUCCAUCAACAACAUGCCAGAGGAGAUGCAGCCCCACUUCUACAAGAACAUUGUCCUCACUGGGGGUAACGCAUUGUUCCCAGGGUUCAGAGAUCGGGUGUACAAAGAGGUCCGCUCCCUCACCCCCACCGACUUCCAGGUUUCUGUGUUGCAGCCACCCAAUCCAAUCUCCUACCCAUGGGAAGGAGGCAAGCUCCUGGCAGGAAACCCAGACUUUGAUGAGAUGGUGGUCACUCGCGAGGACUAUGAGGAGAAUGGACAUUUCAUUUGUGAAGAAAAGUUUGAUAUCUAAAGGACUUUAGUUGUAAUAAUUUGUCUCACUAAGGUCAUUGGGCAGAGGAUGGCUGAAGCAACUACAGCAGAUCCAACUCUUGCAUUUUUUUUAAAAACUGAAAAUGUCAUUGGAAUUCAAAUUUCUAGUACCAUUAUUGGGAUGCAAUCUUUUCAUUCUUACACGUCUUUGGCUAUCAUUAUAAAUGUGUAAACAUUGAAUCGUAGGUAGUGUCCCUCAAAGGAGUGUAGAAACCCCUCCAGAGGAUCAUCACAACGUACCAAUUCAUAUUUACCACUGGAUUUGCUGGCAAACCAUAAAACCAAAUUCUAACUCAAGACUCCACUGGACAAUACAGUAACAAACCACCCGUAAAGCCCCUCACUCAACAGUAAAUUGCUGCAGUGAGUUUAUUUGCUAAAUAAACAUAUUCCUCAAGAGUC